AUGUCGUCCGGAAAAGUUAAGACUGGCCAGCUCUGGUCCAAGAACAAGGCGGACCUCGCAAAGCAACUCUCAGAGCUGAAGACCGAGCUGGGACAAUUGCGGACGCAGAAGAUUGCCGGAGGAUCAGCAUCGAAGCUCACAAAGAUUCACGAUAUCCGAAAGUCCAUCGCAAAGGUUCUCACAGUCAUCAACGCCAACCAACGCGCGCAGCUCCGCCUCUUCUACAAGGGCAAGAAGUACAUUCCUCUCGACCUCCGACCCAAGCAGACCCGCGCCAUCCGAAGACGCCUAAGCAAGUACGAGAGCGAGAAGACCCUUGAUAAGACGAAGAAGCGCCAAGUCCACUUCCCCCAGCGGAAGUUUGCUAUCAAGUGA